AUGAAGGGUACAUGGUUGUUAAGCUCCCUGGUGGGCAUCUCCCCAGUCCUUGGAAGAUUGUCUUCGCUAGAUGAGCACCAAUUACUCCCAUAUCAUGAGGUCAGCCACGAAGCUCAAGCUGCCCAGGUACCUGUGAACGAGCUUCACAAAUCUAACGCACAUAUCCCAUUGCUUGACACAGCUUUCCGCGAGAAACUGUUAGACCUGCACAAGCAUCUUGUCGAGAUUGAGUCUGUGUCUGGGAACGAGCUGAUGGUCGGAAAAUGGUUAUGGAGAUAUCUCAUCAACAAUGGCUUCUCGGUCGAGAGACAGGAGGUUGAGAAGGAUCGAUAUAAUAUUUACGCAUGGGGUGGAAACGAGGAUGAGAAGGACGAUGUAGAGGUGAUCUUGACAAGCCAUAUCGAUACGGUCCCACCAUUCAUCCCAUACAGCAUUAUCGACAACGGUACAUCGAUUGCUGGUCGAGGAUCUGUCGAUGCGAAGGGUAGUGUUGCUACUCAGAUCACCGCCGUAUUGUCCCUCCUUGCAGAAGACAGUAUCCCACGUUCCAAGAUCGGCCUGCUCUACGUGGUCGGGGAAGAAGUCAACGCAGCUGGGAUGAGAUUUUUUUCGUCUUCUCCAUUGAAUAAGAAAAAUUACACUGCCGUAAUAUUUGGAGAACCAACUGAGGAGAAGCUUUGCAGUGGUCAUAAGGGUAACUUCAGGCUCGUAAUCGACGUACAAGGAAGAGCUGCCCAUAGCGGCUACCCCUGGCUUGGACUCAGUGCCAAUGAUGUGCUCGUUGAGGCGCUCAGCAUCAUCAAGGGGCUAGAGUCUGGUCAAGGAGACGGUCUGCCAUGGGAUGAGGACAUGGGAAACACAACGGUAAAUAUUGGAAAGGUGGAAGGAGGUGUUGCUGCGAACGUUGUGGCAGAACAUGCAACAGCUGAACUACUCUUUCGCGUUGCAGCUUCUACGCCUGAGAAGAUUGCAGCUAGUGUUGAGCAUGCCCUCAAGGAUGUGAUCAAAUAUACUAGAAGUAACGGCGGAAACUUUACUCUCGACACCAGUGGGAAAGGCUCCAUCCCGGUACACUUGGAUUGCGACAUCGAUGGCUUUGAGUGUUUUGGAGUCAAUUACGGCACAGACAUUCCUCACAUGGAGCUGAGUCAGCAGACCAAGAGAUAUCUCUAUGGACCUGGCAGCAUUUUCGUCGCCCAUGCAGCGAACGAGGCGGUCAAGAUCAAGGAUCUUGAACAGGCCGUAUUGGAUUACAAGCAGAUCCUAUAUGGCAUUUUCGACAAAGAGCAGAUGAAAGGCAGGCUCGAGUUGUAA